AUGACGAUCGUUUCUAGAGGAGUUGUUGCCUUACUGGCAGGAACAGCUGCGGCACAGUACUUCCCGCCCAUACCCGAGGGACUAAAGGUGGUUGAAUCUAAGCAUAAGGGAGUGAAAAUUUCAUAUAAAGAGGCUCAUACUGAUCACAUUUUGCAGCCUGGGAUUUGUGAAACAACGCCCGGGGUGAAGUCUUAUUCAGGAUACGUUCAUCUACCUCCAGGCUCUCUGGACGAUGUACAUGUCAAUCAAGACUACCCGAUUAAUACGUUCUUCUGGUUCUUUGAGGCUCGCCAUAACCCAAAGAAUGCUCCCCUAUCCAUCUGGAUGAAUGGAGGCCCUGGCAGUUCCUCUAUGAUCGGCCUUAUGCAGGAGAACGGUCCCUGCAUAGUGAAUGAAGAUUCGAAUUCUACUGAACUGAACCCCUGGUCCUGGAACAACUAUGUCAACAUGCUGUACAUUGACCAACCUAAUCAAGUUGGUUUCAGCUAUGAUGUCCCCACAAAUGGUACCUUCGACCAGGUUUCCGGUGCCUGGAACCUGUCGCAGUGGACUCAUGGAGUGCCGACCCAGAACAACACUUUUUACGUCGGCACGACGGCCAGUCAAAAGAAGUCGGCUUCCGCCAACAGUACUGAAAAUUCUGCACGAUCUCUCUGGCACUUUGCACAGACCUGGUUUACCGAGUUUCCACAUUACAAGCCGCAUGAUGACCGGGUCAGCAUCUGGACUGAAUCCUACGGCGGUCGCUAUGGUCCGUCUUUUACUGCAUUUUUCCAAGAACAGAAUGAGAAAAUUCAGAAUGGCACCAUCAAUACCCCAGGAGAGUCGCAUUACAUUCAUCUUGAUACAUUGGGCAUCAUCAACGGCUGUAUUGACCUCCUGGCUCAGGAGCCGACGUACCCUGUGAUGGCAUACAAUAAUACAUAUGGUAUUAAGACCAUUAAUGAAACCGUCUACAAAAAUGCCAUGGACGCAUGGAGCCGGCCCGGUGGAUGCAAAGAUCUCAUCACAAACUGCCGCGCACUGGCCGCAGAAGGUGACCCUCAGAUGUAUGGCCACAACUCAACCGUCAAUAAAGCAUGCCACAAGGCCGAUCAAUUUUGCUCCAACAACGUUGAGGGCGCAUAUGUGGAAUUCUCAGACCGCGGCUACUACGAUAUUACACACAAGAACCCAGAUCCAUUCCCACCAUCGUACUUCCUAGGCUGGUUGAACCAACACUGGGUGCAAGGCGCCCUCGGCGUUCCCAUCAACUUUACCGAGUCAAGCGACGGCGUAUACAAUGCCUUUUCAUCUACCGGUGACUAUCCACGCUCCGAUGUGCACGGCUACCUCGAUGACCUCGCAUACGUGCUCGAUGCUGGUAUCAAGGUUGCGCUCGUCUACGGAGACCGCGACUAUGCCUGUAAUUGGAUUGGUGGCGAGGAUGCCAGCUUGCUAGUGAACCAUGCUCAUGCGGAUGCCUUCCGGUCUGCUGGAUAUACGCCGCUUCACACGAACUCCUCGUAUAUUGGCGGCCAGGUUCGUCAACAUGGCAACUUCUCGUUCACUCGUGUUUAUGAUGCAGGCCAUGAGGUUCCGGCGUAUCAGCCUGAGACCGCAUACGAGAUCUUCUACCGAUCGCUCUUCAACCGUGAUUUGGCGACAGGCAAGAUUAACACAGCGCGCAAUGCGUCCUAUGGUACGCAUGGGCCUGCAUCUACCUGGAACAUAAAGAAUAAGGUACCAAAGAGCCCCGAGCCCGUCUGCUAUAUUCUUGCUCUCGGAUCAACCUGCACCGAUGAUCAGAUUGCAAGUGUGUUGAAUGGCACUGCUAUCAUUCAGGAUUACAUCGUUUUGGAUGAGAAAUCGAAAUAG